CCCUCUUGUGUGUCAGUAGUUGAGUCCACUGGUAAAAUUCCGAGAAUUGAGAACUGCGUCUUCUCAGAAGAGUUCUUCCAAGAACUGUCUUCGGUGGACACUUCCAAGAAAAAUACACCAGGUGAACAAUAUGUCAAGUGCAGCAGACGGCUGCGUUAAAUUCACUCGCCAUGCCGGUGAUGUGCUGUUCAACUUCAACCGCCUACGCAGCAGAAACAUCCUGACUGAUGUCACCAUUAUGGUCGGUGGGCAGCAAUUUCAAGCCCACAAGACAGUUCUGAUGGCAUGCAGCGGCCUCUUCUACUCCAUGUUUGCUGACACUCAUAAGAGCAACUUGAGCUUCAUAAGUUUAGAUCCAAAGGUGGACCCCGAUGGCUUCGCCAUACUGCUGGAGUUCAUGUAUACGUCUUGCCUCACACUUAAAGAUAACUUCAUUAUAGCCACCCUCAACACAGCCACAUACUUACAGAUGGACCAUGUGAUGGACACAUGCCAGAGGUUCAUAGACUCCAGGGGCUUGUGCGUGAAGCAGACCAGAGCAGAGAUGCUGGUUAAUCACGGCUGUUUAUCUUCAGAUGCUCCCUUCAUCCUUAGAGAUGCCCUGAACAGCCAAUCCAGUGUUAACUUUAGCACUUACGGUCCUCCCAACCUGCACUAUGCAGUCAGCACUUCCACCGAAAGCCCGACUCGCUUCUACAGACAUCUGCCACUCCCGCUGGAGACCUCCAACACCACAAACCCAAUCUGGCAGAUCCCUAAGACCGGCGUAAUAGCCCGUCAACAGCACUCCCUGCCAGACAGCGGAGGCUCGGCUAGGACGAUGACUAACGCAGGAGCCACGGAAUCCAAAGAAGAGAGGAAACGUCCAUCUGUGCUCUUUCGUUCAGCUCGAGCUGAGGGAGACCGGAAGGCUGCGAAUGUGCAUUCAGAGGUGGAGAACACUGAACCGUGUCACACCAGUGGUCCCGAGAGCCCUCUUAGAUCAGACUGCCAACCCAACUCACCCGCAGAGUCCAGCAGCUGCAGUCGAGGGGCGGCGUCUCCUCCCAGCUUCAUCAGUCACCCAAAGGUCCACAACUGGAAGAAGUACAAGUUCAUUGUGCUGAACUCCACAGAUGGAGCGACUGACAAUAGCUCACUAACUCCAUCCCACAUAGUUACAGAAUCCACCAACAAGAGCAAUGAAGGCAGAGGGCAGCUCAUUAUGGAUAGCAGAUCUGCAGAUGAUUGCAUCAAAAAAGAGGCGCGUGGCUCUUCACUUCCUAACUCUUUGACAGAGGAGAGCAGUAUGGGACCCACAAGAUCAGAGAGGGACAGACUCUACUGUAACGAGUGCGAGUCCAAGAGUGAAUCUGAUGCAGAAAAGCCUCAGUGGCUGCAGGAUGGAAAACCAUACAAAUGUGACCGUUGCCAAGCCAUGUUCCGCUAUAAAGGAAACCUAGCUAGCCACAAGUCCGUCCACACAGGAGAGAAACCGUACCGUUGCAACGUAUGUGGAGCUCAGUUCAACAGGCCUGCCAAUCUGAAGACACACUCACGGAUCCACUCAGGAGAAAAACCAUACAAAUGUGAAACCUGCGGCUCUCGCUUUGUCCAGGUGGCUCAUCUGAGGGCGCACGUACUGAUCCACACUGGAGAGAAACCAUACCCGUGUGACAUCUGCGGCACACGCUUCCGCCACCUCCAGACGCUGAAGAGUCACUUACGAAUACACACAGGCGAGAAGCCUUAUCAUUGUGAGAAUUGUGACCUGCACUUCCGUCACAAGAGUCAGCUGCGUCUGCAUCUGCGACAGAAGCAUGGUGCCAUCACAAACACCAAGGUCCAGUACCGCAGAAGCAGAGCAGACCUGCCUGUCAGCUCCCUCGUGACCUCUUGAAAAACCUGAAGCUGUUCAGAGACUCAACAAAAACCUUUUCAAGUAAAGAUAUGGUGAAGGAGACAUGAUCAUUUACUGGUACUGCCACAAGAAAAGCCAUCAGGAAAUACAGAUGCCCGCAUGGAUCUUUGUGUCGCCAUUGUCCGUGUUUACUCAUAUGGUGAAGUUACAUAUUAUUUCUGAAAUAUGCACAGCAAAAUCCCCAGAGUUAAAUCAACUUUGCUCAGAGAACAUAUGGUUCCUCCCUACAUAGAGUUAAAAUAACACUGAAGCAGAGUUAAAGUUAAUGAGAAAAUGUGCUGUUUGUGGAGUUGUUUAAUCAGAUCUUGAGGGAUUUAAUGUCUUCUAUCUUCAGUUGAUUUCAUCUAAGGCUGUGGCUGGAAGUCAUUUGUAGUUAUUGUGUUUCUCUUCAGUGAUUCUGCUUGUUAACAGCAGGUGUUCAUCACUAAUGCUCAAUCAUAACUUAAUUAAUCUCAUUAACUUUAACUCUGCUUCAGUGUUACUUUAGCACUAUAUAGAGAGGGACCAUAUGCAAUCUGAGCAGAGUUGAUUUAACUCUGGGGAUUUUGCUGUGUGAAGGACUAGUGCACCAGCACAUUCUGGUUCACCCUUCAUGAUUUCAGCUGGGUAUCGUGGUGGCUUAAGAUUUUAAUAAUAAUAUAAACAAAGACUUUCAAGCAUUGUUACUUAAGUUCUUGUCAAUACAGACUGCAAAUUCUUAGUGUAAGAUUAGAUAUUUGAACAUAAUUUUAUCUCUAUUUAUUUUUUUAGAAUGCUAUUUCACUCCCUCUCCAGGCAAACUAUGCACUGUAUAUAAUAUACAAGGGGAAAAUUGGUACAGAAAGAAUUCUGCAAUUGCAAUGUAAAUGUUCUACCAAUGUGGUACAUUUAAAGAAGCCCUGCUCUGUCUGACAAUUGUAUUGUAUUUACAUGUGUUUGUACAGUUGUUUUUGGUACUAGAGGGCCAAAUGUCCUUGCAAUUAAAUAUUUGAUACUAAACAAA